UGUCUUUAAAUGCAUUUCCGCAACUUCUUCAGCCAAUCAGGGUCACUGCGAAUGCGGUGCAGAACCUGCGCCACCAUGCCUGCGGCCUUUGCUGCAUCAAUUCCCGAUACCCAACGCGUUGGGCAUGAUCGUGAGCGUUUAGAGGCUUCAAUAGGCUUAACAUCGUCUAGAGGUGUGCCAUUGAUGCAGUUCUGAUUGAUUUGAAUACUGACGGGUGUUACCGACAGCCUUAAAAAAUUG